GUGAGGGGCCCGCGCCGGGCGGACCCGCUCCGGGCGGGAGCGGCCCACGAUUUCAUGCUGUGUAGAUGUGAAGCUCCUAAACCAGAAACUUCUACUUCGAGGGGGUGCCCAAGGAAAUGAGGUUGUUAGCUGGGCCAUCGCAGCAGCAGCUUCCAACACGUGGGAGGUGGGAUCGGAGACACCAAGAAGGGGUGCUUGAGUGAGGACACCCAGAUCAGGACCCUCCCUGCUGGGGAAGCCACCAAUGGACUCUGGACACUUGGCUGAGAGCAGCCAGGAGAUCUCUGGCCCGGGUGCAGAGCCUGGUUCCCUGCUGCCUGCUGCUGCCGGCAGCAAUUCCUGCCCGCCUGUGGCGGCUGGGCCGCGGGCCGGGCCUGCUCCGGGCAGACCCGCUGCCGCCAACGCCGCCCGGGAGCGCAGCCGGGUCCAAACCCUGCGCCAUGCCUUCCUGGAGCUGCAGAAGACUCUCCCCUCCGUGCCACCCGACACCAAGCUCUCCAAGCUGGAUGUGCUCCUCCUGGCCACCACCUACAUCGCACACCUCACUCGCAGCCUUCAGGACGAGGAAGAGUCGCCGGGAGAGGGCCUGGGCACCCUCCGAGGGGAUGGAUACCUUCACCCUGUCAAGAAGUGGCCAAUGCGUUCCAGGUUAUACAUUGGAGCUACAGGACAGUUUUUGACUCACUCGGCACAAGGAGACGGCGCAAACCAAGGAGAAACAUCAACUUCACAAAUCUGAUCUCCCUUCUCACUUAAAAAAAAGUUAUUUAUUACACCUUAUAUAUAUUUAAGUUAAAAAAUUAUAUCUUCAGACAAGCUAUAAUUCCUGAAAUACUGUUUGUAGAGGAGAAGGAAUCAAUUCUUAAAUGUAAUUAAUACCUCAUUAAGUUAAUGUGACGCAUGAUUGGUUUCUAUCAUUGCUGGGGUCUGAAUGGGGGGAUUAAGAGGAUUGCAGUCAGCACCAGCAGGACAGGCAGCCACAGAGGCAGAGCUGCUGGCAGAACAAGCAACCUCAUCCCGUCUGGGAUGAGCAGUGAAUAGGAAUGCUGUGGGAAGUGGGGAGCAGGAGCGAUGCAGUGCUGGCUGAGCACAGAGCAGCACAGGCUUGGGGGAGAAGCAAAGGGCAAAUCCAAAAAUGGCAGUUGCGAUCCCACACACACUCUCUUCCCUGCACGCAGCCCAUGGCAGAAAUCCCCCUGACUGCAGUUGUCAGGUCAGGGCUUCGUCCCUUGGAUAAUCUUAAAUGUAUGUAGCUGUCCCUGAAAAUGUGGAUGCAUGUUCACCACAAGUGGAAAAGUGCUGAAGUCUGUGCUACAGGCACACAGUGCUACGUCCAGCAGACACGACCUGCUCCAUGUGUUACGUAUUGCAUGUAGUGAUCCAUAUGAUUGUGUUGCAUGUUACAGGGUUUGAAAUGCGUUUGUUACCCCAGUAUAGCCACUUGUCUGCUCAAGGCACCAAGGUUUCUAUAUCUGGUCUUUUAGUGGGUUCCUGCAUUCAAGCAAAUGAGUCCGAAGAGCUGGCUUGUUCACUGCCCGUUUUUCACUUAAACAUCAUCUAUAUUUAGGCAAGAAUAGCUGAAAGCAAAUACACAAAUACCAUCUGAUGUAUCUGUUCCGUAAAACACUGUACUUCUCAUAUAGUCUAUUAUU